GCGACCCCGUCCAUGUCUCGGAGCUGAUAAGGUAAUGGGUGGGUACGGGGCAGCGGGAGCCUCAGCGAGAAAACCGGAGGAGCACUAAAGACACACGGUGCUGGAAGAUGUCAAAGGAGGACGGGUCUGUGCCAGAGGCACCAGCAGGGGGCAGUGUGGAACCGGGGGAGCAGCCUUCGCGAGACAGCCGCAAGUUGGAUUGCAUAAUCUGCUAUUGUGCUUACAACCUAAGCGAGAGGCUUCCGCGCAAGCUGUAUUGUGGGCAUACAUUCUGCCAGGCUUGCCUGCGACGACUGGACACCGUCAUUAAUGAACAGCUGUGGAUUCCCUGCCCGCAGUGUCGUCAGAACACACCUUUGCCACGCGGCGGCGCUACUGCGCUCGACCUGGACCUGGCUGCCUUCCUGGGCGUGAAGGCCGAAGCGGAGAACCAGCGAAUCAGCACGCUGCAGGGGGGCGGGAUCCAGCUGGAACACAAGCCUUCAUUCAUGAAGCAGCCAAUCACGGAACAGCCUGCGUCAGCAUGGGCACAUGGGAUGCUAGCAGAGCCCCGCCCCCGGCUGAGCCCCUGCUGCCGGCGAUGCAUGUCCUGCUGCUGGUCAUAAGCGUCACGCGCCUGCUCUCACAAAAACUGAGCAUUUAAGAACAGGAUGGUGUACAAACAGAGCAGCCCAACUACUGAAUCAAGCUCCAUCCAGCUCCCUACAGGAACUGCCACGUGCACGUGCAUAUGUAAAACAUUCUGUCCCGUUUCUAUUUCCGGGAGCCAAGUGCUUUUUUGCCAAGGAUGACACGUUACACGAAACCGUGUUUUGGAAACACUACAGGCUGCUUUCAAUUCCAGGGAUCACUUGUUUUAAAAACCAUGAGUUAGCGAACUUUAAUCACUGCUAACAUGACCUGGCUUUAAACACUGGACAGUCUUACUGGCUGAUGUAAUUGUCCAUGCAGGAACCAGCCCGUGUGGUGACUUGUGUGUUGCUUUUGAUAUGACCUUUAUUUUCCUUAAAGCUGGGCAGAUACACAGCUAGACCAUGGUACAAUGACCUGCCCCUAUCAUGCUAACACUGUUGUAUUGUACACUGUUUGAAGUGUAAUUUUAGAAGCAGGGUUCAAAGGAAUCCAUACGUACGAUUCUGUUUUUACUUUUGUAGUCUCAAAUUAUGGGUGCAAUAUGUCACAUGUUAAAAAUUAAGAGGUCAUACACACACACAUGCAGUGAAACAGCCCACUGAAUGGUAUAGGGCUUUUAAUCUGGUCUUCUACAUCCAAAAGGUCGACAUGAA